AUGGGAUGGAAGCUGAAGUUUCCGAAUGCAGUGGUGCACAGGCUCAUAGAGUCAGGCUCGGAUCAUGCUCCAAUCUUGAUGGAAACUGAACCUCAAUCCUGGCAUAGUAAAAGGCGCUUUAAAUACCAGGAACGUUGGUGUAGAGAAGUGGAUGUCAAGAGAAUUGUCAGUGAAGUGUGGAAAAUAGAAGUUGUAGGCUUGGUUAUGUUCUUCUUGGCCCAAAAGUUGAAAGAUUGUAGACAUAGACUAGUUCAAUGGCAGAAAACUCACGAAGCAAACUCUCGUAAAGAAAUUGAGGACCUUCAAGCUAAACUAGAGGAGUUGCAGGUGGCUGGAAUCAAUGGGGGAGAGGAGGUUACCAUUUUGGAAGAGAAGUUGGAGCUGGCAUAUUUGAAAGAAGAGAGCUAUUGGCGAGAAAAAUCUAGAGUCAAGUGGCUAAAAGAAGGAGAUCAGAACACUAGAUUCUUUCACCAAAAAUUUCAAUCAAGGGUGCGAAGGAACAGAAUUUGGAGAUUAGUAGGAAGGGACAAUGAGAUUGCAUCGAAACCGGAGGAUAUUGCAAAGGUAGCUGAAGACUACUUUUGCGAUAUUUUUACUUCUUCUUAUUCGGCUGAUCCGAAUCCAUACUUAGAGGAUUUGGAGCCUAAGGUUACAGCUUCCAUGAACCGCAGGCUCUAA